AUGGCUUCUCCAAGAUUUAUUGUUCUGCUGGUGUUCUGCACCGCGGCUAACGGGGGUUAUCUUUCUUACCUGAACGACCACAUGCAGUCUUUCCGCCAGAGCUCACCCUUCAACUUUCAACUCCCCGGUACCGUCAAUACACCAUUCUCGUCCGGUUCAUCGAAUCUGAGACUGCCUGUUAAUGGAUAUGGCCAUGAGACGGGUGACACUGAUGCAUAUGGCAAUGAUCCAGAUUUCAGCUUCAGCAAUCCUCCUCCUCCGCCGAACGCUGGGUCAAGUCCAGCAGAGCAAACCUGCGGCCUUGCACCACCCUUUUGCGCCAAGUCGCGAUACAGGUCAAUAGACGGUUCCUGCAACAAUUUACAAAGACCUAUUUGGGGCAUACCUCAGACACCUUAUGGGCGCCUGGUACAGUUUAAUUAUGCCGACGGUGUCAGUGCGAUGCCAAUAUCAUUGACUGGACGCCAAUUACCCAACCCUCGGGAGAUUAGUCUAAGACUGUUCCCAGACAAACAAUUAAUCGAUCCCGUUUGGAACCUGAACGCACAGCAAUGGGGGCAGAUUAUUACACACGACAUGUCUUUGACUGCUGGUGUAGCUCAAACACACAAAGAUUUAACGGUAUGCUGCGAUGACAACGGGCAAUUGGCACCAGAUGCCGCAUUAAAUCCCACUUGUGCUCCAAUUCUGAUCCCGCCCUCUGAUGUAAUCCACGCGCCUCUAGGCACUCAGUGCAUGAACUUUGUCAGGACCACCACGACUAGAGACAGAGGAUGCACCCCUCCUAAUGCCCCAGCACAACCGCUUUCUACGGUAACGGCUUACAUGGACUUAUCGUUGGUGUACGGUAGUAGCGAUGCGCAGGCUGCCGCUAUUCGCGCCUAUAAUGGAGGUCGCUUGACAACGCUGGUGAGGAACGGCCGCGAAUGGCCGCCCCAAGAUCCCAAUAUAACUUUGACCUGUGAGUCCGCUCUUUCACCGAACGAGCCCUGCUAUUUAACGGGUGACGUUCGAGAGGCGAGGCGAAUUCACAUAGCCGAGAUUCAACACAUCAAUUAUUACGAGUAUCUACCUAUUUUCCUUGGUUUCCAAAACAUGGUGAAGAACAAGCUUAUCUACCCAGAUGUUAAGGGAUACGUCAAUGACUACAAUCCGAGUGUAAAUCCAACCGUCCUCGAUGAACACGCCACUGCGGCCUUCAGACAUUUCCACACAUUGAUCCGUGGAUACUUAGAAUUGAUCAAUGAGCACCGCAAAUUAAAUGGCGCCGUGCGAAUAAGCGACUGGUUCAAUAGGCCUUUGCUGUUGGAAAUCAAUAAUGCUUUUGACGACCUGACAAGGGGCCUAACAACACAGCCACAGGACUUCAGCGAUCAGUUCUGGGAUACCGAGAUAACUCAAUUCCUAUUUAAACGUAAUAACACGUACGGAGGCGACUUGAGGGCUACUGAUAUUCAGCGUGGUCGCGAUCACGGCUUGGGCAGCUAUAUAUCAACGCGCGCCGCUUGCAGCCUACCGGUGCCCAAAACUUUCCAUGACAUGCUCGACCUCAUUCCUGAAAAGAACGUUAAAAUACUCCAAGGACUCUAUGAGACACCGAAUGAUGUUGAGCUGGUGGUCGCGGGCUCGUUGGAGCGGAACGUGCCAGGCGCCCAAGCUGGACCCACUUUCCUCUGCAUCCUCACCGAACAGUUCUACCGGACCAGAGUUGGUGAUCGCUUCUUUUAUGAAAACGGCGGAGACCCUGAGACUGCAUUUACUCUCAGUCAACUCGAAUCGAUUCGACAAGGAUCAUCAAUGGCCCGGUUGCUUUGCGACAACGCCGAUGACAUAAACCUGAUGCAGCCCAGAGCGUUUGAACAAAUUUCAAUCAGGAACAAGUUGGUGUCGUGUGAUGAGCUGCCAGAAGUUGACCUCUCGCUAUGGGAAGAUACAAGUGGUAUUUACAAUAAA